GAAGGCCUUUUAACGAUUCCACCUGAAGCUAACGGAUGUUCAGAAUUCCUAAGUACUUAGGGAUGACGCAAGAAUAAUAAUAAUCAGCUAGCAUAAUUUUUCGUGCGAUCGAAAAAAAAUCGUAAUCUAAAAAAUGUAAAUAAUUUCGUAACAAAAAUUUUGACCUUUGGACAUUAAAAUUUCCGUUACAAAAUGAUGAAACUAUUGACCCUUUUGCUAUUCACUUCAGUCUACGUCAUGAUCAAUGCACAAGAGACGGCAUCUAAUGAAAAACCAUAUUUUGGCCAGACAUUCGAUGAAAUUAUCGUAUCAUCGGACUUAAACGUCAGGAGGAAGUCAAAAGAAAAUCGUCAGGGUAAAAGAUUAUUAUCAAACGUGCCGUCAGCAACCACUGUUCCACCGGAAAGACCGACUGCAAUUGCAUCCAGACUCGUUUUCGCCGAUGGAAGCCGUAUAACGCCAGAAAAAAGAGAGAAACGUGGCAUUACGCGAAGGAGGUAUCUGGAUCUGGGCGUCGCGGGAUACUUGCUGAAAUCUCGGAAACGGUAAAAAUUCUACACACCGAGGACAACCGCACGACCCUCCACACCCUCAUCUGUGAUCACACCUCUUUCGAUAAAUUUUUAGGCCACGGUUCAUGUAACAAAAAGGAUAAUAAAAUUUUUCUGUUUCAUAACA